AUGUUUACUGGUUGCCCAGCGAGUUCAAAACUGGAUGCGGAUAGGACUGAAGGAUUGAUAUAUCACACCAUCAUCCUUACGAACGAGACACGCGCAUGUCACUUCGUUGAUUCACUUCGUUCUCGACUGGCACUUGCUUCUAAAAAUGUCAAAUCACUCUGCCUGUGCGGUACAGUGCAGCUUGCAACAGCGGCAGAGGUCAUGCACCUUUGUAGUGGUGUUUGCAGCCUUGCCCUCUGGAUUCUUCCAGAGGGGGAUAACCAUGCUAUGCCGGAUUUUCUAUUGGAGGCAUUGAAUGGGUUGCCAUUGUCAUGGCUGUCCAUUCAACUAUCGACUGUCUUCCGCGGGACAGCCAUGCCGUUUCUGCCAUCCAUCCCUAUAUUCAGCCACGUUACUCAUCUUGAAUUGUUGGAAGGCUGGGUGCUUUGGGGCUCUCCAAUCGGCAUACCUUGCCUGACCCAGCUCACACAUAUUUCCCUCCGAGUUUUCACGAAGCAGACAGCGCCAGCCUCACUCCAAAUGAUCCUUGCAAAUUGUGUUAUCCUGGAGGUAUUGGUUUUGCGUGUGACAGAGGAAGUUAGCACUGUGGAGAAAUGGCUGCUGGAGCAUGGUCUUGACGAUCCUUGUAUUAUUGUGAAUGCCAAGAGCCCUCGUGAUACUUGGGAUCGUGUAGCAAGUGAUGGGAUGAGCCUGUGGUAG